AUGGACGCAAUCGCAGACGGGGCGCACCGGCUCUGGCGCGUGAUCAACGCCCGUGCGCAAGCGGCGCAGCGCAUGCGCCAGGCCCCGGACGAGACAGACGUGGUCCCGUGCAUGCCCAUGCCCACUGUGCGGUUUAAUGGCUCCAAGCUGGCCAGCCUGCUGAAUGGCCUCGCCCCGCACGGCGCCGAGGCCGGCUCCCUGCCGCCCGCGGCGCAGCGCAUGCAACGCUGCAGCAGCGGCGAGGCGACGCUGCUCACGUCGGCGGGGCCCGUCAGCCCCAAGAGGGUCCCGGGGGUGUGGGCGCCGGCGGUGACGCCGUUUGGGGCCGGGCUGCAGCACCUGCUGCACAGGAACAGGCGGCACGAGCCACCAGCGUGGCCAGAAAUGCCAAAGAAGCAACGGCAGGUUGCUGAGGAGCAGCAGCAGCAGCAGCAGCAGCAGCAGCCGGACCAGGGGCCCCCAUGCACUGGCGACACCGGCGGCGGGGGAGGCAGCGAUGCCACGUGUUGGGUGGAAAUCACGGGCCCUGAGCUGGAUAGGAUCAUGCGCGGCACAGCAGCCCUCCACCUAGAAGCCCACAAGGCACACGCGGCUGUGGCGGCCAAAAAGCAGCGCGCCGCAGAGGCCGAGGCUCGGCGCCGCGAGCGCGGCACGAGCGCCGACGUCGCGGCGGCGCUGCAAGAGCUGCGGCGCGCGCACGAGGCUGCGGGCGGCGCUUGCGGGGGCGGCAACGGCGGCGGCGGUUUUGGCUACGUAGGCGUGUCGGCGGCGGACAAGGCGCGGCUGCUGGCGGCGGCGAAGGAGAGGCAGCUGGCGGCGGUGGCGGCGGUGCAGGACCCUCCGAAGGAGUUUGUUGAGGAUUACUACGACCGCAUCGGCGAGGAAAUGCAUGCCGCAAAUGAGCAGCUAGCCGUCAGGUGUCUGUCGCGCAAGGGCAGCGCCGCCGGUGGCGGCUGCGCCCUCGGCGGCGCGGCUGGAGAGGAGGGGCUUUGGGCCGGGUUUGGGGAGGAGGGCGGGGAGGAGGGUUUGGGCGGGAAGGAGCAGGAGGAGGAGGAAGAGGAGGGCCUGCCUGAGUGGGCGUGA